GUAUUGUAAUGCCAAUUAUUUAGAUAUCUUUAAUAAUCUCAUAUGCAAUCGUAUUAUCUAAUUUCUCCAUUGAUUUACUUCUAGGAAAAUCAAUCUCAAGUUCUUGAUGAAGGCACAAGUGGAAGGAAGAAAAGAGGAAGACCAAAGGGGAGCAAAACCAGACCUAACAUUUCCAUUGAAGAGCAUAGUCAAACUAACACUCUUCCACCAUCUCAAGUUUUCAUAAAUAAAAGAUCAAUGGCUAGAGCUCAAUCUCAAAAUGCUAGAGGAAGGAGUGAUAUACGACGGGGCCGAGGCAAAGGAAGAAAUAAUGCAGUCAUUAUGCCAGAGGGUUUUGGCCUAUGGCAUGGUGAUCAUGGUGAAGUAGCUUAUAGAGACCCAAGUGCCUUUUGCAGGAGCUAUGAGCUGAUGGAGAAAAUAUUGAAAGUCUAUGUGUACAAGGAGGGACAUCGGCCCAGUUUCCAUCGGUCACUUCUCAAGGGGAUUUAUGCCUCCGAAGGAUGGUUCAUGAAGCUCAUGGAGACAAACAGGCAAUACAUUGUGAAGGACCCAAGAAAAGCUCAUCUCUUCUAUAUGCCAUUUAGCACUCGUCUCUUACAGUAUGUACACAAUUCUCACAAUCGAAGAAACUUAGAACAAUACUUGAUUGACUACGUCAAUAAAGUUGCUUCCAAAUACCCCUUCUGGAAGACAGGUGGAUCAGACCAUUUUCUUGCUGCUUGCCAUGACUGGGCACCAUAUGAAACAAGGCACGCCAUGGAACAUUCGAUCCGAGCUCUGUGAUCCAACCUCCAUCAAAGCUUUCAAUUGGGAAAAGACGUUUCUCUUCCAACAACUAAUUAUGUUCGACUGCCAAGAAUGAAGAAUCCCCUCGGGGAUCUCGGUGGAAUGCCUGCAACCAAUCGCUCUAUUCUCGCCUUCUAUGCCGGUAACCUUCAUGGUGAGCUUCGCUCGAUCCCAUUGCAGCAUUGGGAGAACAAAAACCCUGAUAUGAAAAUCUACGGCCCAUUUCCUCGAGGACUCAAAAGAAAGAUGAUAUAUAUUCAACACAUGAAGAGCAGCAAGUACUGCAUUUGCCCGAGAGGUUAUGAAGUUAAUAGCCCAUCAGUCGUUGAGUCCAUUUUCUAUGAAUGUGUCCCAGUGAUUAUUUCGGACAAUUAUGUUCCUCCCAUCUUUGAGGUGAUAAAUUGGGAGGCAUUUUCUGUUAUAAUUCCAGAGAAAGAUGUGCCCCAAUUGAGAGACAUACUUGCAUCGAUCCCUGAGGAGAAGUAUCUUUCUUUGCAGGAGGGAGUGACGAUGGUGCAGAAGCACUUCCUAUGGCAUAGUAAGCCAGUCAAGUAUGAUUUUUUUCAUAUGACCCUGCACUCAAUCUGGUACAAUAGAGUAUAUAACAUAAGGACUGGGUGAAGGUAUGGAUUAAUGAAAAAUUCAGCUUGGCUUCCUUUGGAUGCUUUGUAUUCUGCACUGCUUCGAGUACAAGUGAAAGGUGUAUCUUCAAUCGACUGAGACUGUAAUCUGCUUAAUUUCGAUGGAAGCCUGCAGUUUUAGAAUGCGACGGAUUGCCAACAAUGAAGGAACGUGCAUGUUGAAGGAAUUGCUUCCUGGUAAAGUAAUCCUGUAUUAUUGUUGCAUCCAGAAUUUAAAUCCUAUGCAUGCUAGGCACGCUUAACUAUCGGAUGGUUUCUUUUGUACAUUGUCAUCGUGGAAGCUUCAUAGUUGGAGGCCCUUGUACAUUCAUUGUUUAAUAAAGUGAAAAGUGAGCUAAGAUGUGUACAUUAAUUGUGACAUAAAUAAGAUCAAUUUGUCCCUUCAGCAA